AUGUUCGAGAUCGUCAGCCUUCAAAACGAUGCGAACUGGAACGAGACGGACGAGGACCUCUUCUGGCCAGAGCCCGACCUCGAGGCGCGGCUCAUCGACGCCUACUUUGCGCGGCCGCACCACGACUUCCCAGUGGUCAACGAGCUGCAGUUCCGCAAGGACCACGCGGGGCCUCCUGGCAGAGAGCGUCAGAUCCAGCACGUGGCGCUCGCUCUCGGCAUCUUCGCCGUCGCCAGUCGCUACGUCGACGACCCGCGCGUGUGCUUCGAGGAGGAGGAGAGACUCAACGGGCAGACGGCGCACACUGCAGGCGUGCAGUGGUGGCUCACACAGCGCCGCAUCGGCAUGCGGCUGUGGGGCGGCAACAUGGGCGCAAGGCAUGCGCAGCACAUCAUCCUCAACGUGAUCUUCAUGCUGGGCACGUCGAUGGCCAACUCGUACGCCUGGGCACUGCUUGCGGUUGCCGUGCGCCUCCUUCAGGAUGCGGGCGCGCACCGCAACAUCACUGGCCAGCGCCUCGGCUACUCGCUCGAGACGCAGGAGACGCACCGCCGUCUGUGGUGGGCCGUCUACUCGCUGGACCGCGAGUUCGGCGCCGGACUCGGCCGCCCGGUCUGCAUCCAGGACGAGGACUUCGACGUCCUCGAGCCGAUGGCCGUCGACGAUGAGGUGCUCAUGAGGAGCUCUGAGCUCGGCACCACUCCCGAGCAGCCGGCCGGCGUGCCAUCCGCCUUCGGCUACUUCCUCUGCUCGAUCCGUCUGGAUCAGAUCAUCGGCCGCACGCUGCGCACAAUCUACGCCAUCGGCAAGGCAAAGGUGCAGCGCGGCUUCGUCGGCCGCCAGUGGGAUCAGUUCAUCGUGGCAGAGAUCGACUCUGCGCUCAAUAAGUGGCUCGACACGGUGCCGUCUCACCUGCGCUACGAUCCGCGCGAGCCAAACAGCGAGUGGCUGCUGCAGUCCAGUCUCUUGCAUACGAAGUACUACCACAGCCAGAUCCUCGUGCACCGCCCAUUCAUCCCCGGCCCGAGCGCCAAGCCUUCGCUCAACUUCCCCUCGCUCGCCAUCUGCACCAACGCCGCGCGCUCCACCAGCCACAUCCUCUACAACCUGCUCAAGCGCGACCUGCACAACCAGGGCGGUCUGCAGGUCUCGUUCCGCGCCUUCUCGGCAGGCUGCGUCCUGCUGCUGGUCGUCUGGGCAGCGAAGCGCAGCGGAGCGCACGCCUCGACGUCAGCGAUGGCGGACGUGCGCCGCUGCCUCGAUGUGCUGCAUGGAUGCGAGAAGCACUGGGCUAUCGCAUGCAAGCAGUCUGACCUGAUGGAGCGUCUCAUCAAGGUCUCCGAGCUGCCUGUG